AUGGAGUCGCCAUCUACUAGUGUGGACAAUGGCGAGACAAGCCAAGUAAAAUCUACGCACUCUCCCUGGAACGAGUUUCAAGAAAGCGCAUUGCGUCCCUCCAACCUGGCACAGUCACCAGUCAUGUCUCAAGAGCAGGAGCUCGCACACCAUGCGCCAGAGAUUGGAAACAUCUAUCAUGAUAUCACUUUCGAUCUCGUGCAUUUCAACGUGACUAGAGUCGCGACCCAGCGCUCCGGCAGCAACGCAGCACUGGACUUAAUUCCGGUAGAUCCUGGAACAUCGAGCUUGCGCGCAGAUAAUACCGACUCCGGACAGCGUCAACAUGGAUCUCCCUGUUUAGCGUCUUCCCUUUUCCACAGCCCAAGCCAUGUAGCUCAGCUACCAGAAGACAAUCCUUACCCACCGUCCAACGCCCGAUCUCAAACUAGAAAUGAGUCAACGAGCCCCGGCGCUAGCAUUUUUCCGUCUGUGUUUUCACCAAGUAUGGAACGGCCAAGAAGGGUGUCGAAUACAAGCAGCAAUAAUUUGUCCUCGAAUGCAGAAAGGAGGCGCCCGUCAAUUCCCAUCCCUAUCGAGAAGAGAAACGAGUUGCUUGAACUGAUCGCCGAGAUACGACCGGUGCGACCCGAUGGCAGGCUUAUCGAUCGUGAUUCACCCGAGUUUUCAUUAGAGAGAAUGCAGGCAUACUUCGAUCUAUUUCUGCAAUACUUCAAUACAUCAUAUCCAUUAUUGCACCUGCCGACGCUAGAUAUCUCCGAUAUUGACUCAAUCGCGUUAUUAUCCUUUAUAAUCAUGGGAGCCACAUAUAGGGACAAGAAUGACCAUCAAUUAUCGGUGUGCUUAUACGACGCUAUAAUCCCCUACAUUUUUGGCGGCCUCCUGAGCAACCUGGUGCCAGAUUUGGCAAUCUUACAAGGCUUUAUGGUCUUGGAGUGCUACGGCAUGUAUAGGGCCGGGCCAUUCCAGCGUGAGAAUGCCAUUCUCAUUCAUUGUCUAUUGCUGAAUGUCAUGCAGAGAGAGAUUGGUUGGAGUUCGCCUACACAGAGCAGUACAAACGGUACAGUGCCUACCCUCUCGUAUUCUAUAGCAGAAAAGGGGGCUAAUCCUUUUGGCAUUGAAAGCCUGAUCUUGUUUUUCUUCAUGUGGGACACGCAAAACGCAACUUGUUAUUCUUUGAUGCCCAACCUGUCAACGCAAUCCCUUCAGCUCGGACUUCCGUGCUCAAAUAGACUAUGGCUAGCAAACAGCCAGGACGAAUGGAAACAGCUGGUAACAGACCAGGAUGAAUCGUACACUUUUCGGAACCUGGUGGAGGAGUUCAUUGACUCGACAUAUCGGGAACUUUCGACAUCGUAUGACAUGUUAGACUUCUCAUUGGCACUGCACGGACUGAUGUCUGUCUGUAACGACAUCAUACUCUUUGACAACCGUUCUCGCUAUUUCUCCAUGUUGAAAACAAAGGAAAGCAUCUGGUCGACCAGUCGAGAACAGAUGGCCUAUGCAUUAUCGUCCUGGAAAGCCAAAUACGAGGCGUUCGCCAUGGAUGCGUUGCGCGAUAUGGAGACGGAAUCCGAGCGCAGUCAAUUCCAAAGAGACAACACGGGACUAUAUGCGCUUUACCACAUGGCUCAUAUUGUGAUAAAUUGUGAGAUUCGUCACUUGCAGACAGCCUGUGGAGCAAAGGCAAUUUUUGGUCAUACGGUGACCACAACUGAUUUCGAAGAUAGCUGCAAUUGGAUCAGAGAAUGGCUCAGAAGCUCGGCGGACUCAGCCGGGCGUGCCGCAUGGCACGCAGCACACAUGAUUCGAGAUGGAAUGCUCAACUUGAAGAACUGGGAUGUGCAUGGUGUCUUCCAUUACCCGUGGUGUCUUUACAUUGCCACUCUGACUUGUUGGGCAUUCCACCACUUUGGUGCGGAAUCGGCGGACAACGGUGCCGGCGUUAGUAGUCAGAGCAGCAUCAGCGGCAGUGGCCUUGAUAAUAGAGGCCCGAGUCGCCUCUGUGAUCACCAGUCCAGUCCAGCACAUGCAGAAGAUCUGAGAAGACGUUCAAGGGCUUCAAUGAACCACCUUGUUGCUACCAUGGCAUCAGUUACGCCGACGCGUGUGAACACCAUGAUGGGCAAAUGCUGUACGCACGGAUUGGCCAUCGAGAUGGCAAAAUACCUCCGGACUAUUCGCUGGACUGCUGCCUAUGAGGCGAUGAAAGUGCUUGAAGGGUUAUCCGGACUUCCGGCUGACGAGGGGCCUACUCCAUGA